AUGUAUGACGUUGUGGUUUUUGGAUCCUGCAUGAUCGACUUCAUAAGCUACGUGAAUCGAAUGCCAAAAUUUGGUGAAACAAUUCACUCAGAAAGCUUCGAAGUUGGUUACGGUGGUAAAGGCAGCAAUCAAGCUAUAGCAAGUGCACGUUUAGGAUGUAAAACCGCGAUGAUUGGAAAAAUUGGAAACGAUGGAUAUGGAAAGAAUUAUAAAAGACAUUUUGAGGAGGAAGGCAUCAAUACAGAGUAUUUGGAAACAGCUGGUGAAUAUUCAGGCAUUGCAUUGAUUGUGGUUAAUUCUGCCGAUGGAGAUAAUCAAAUUGUCAUCAAUGGCAAUGCUAAUAAGUUUUUGAGUGUCGAGGAUUGUGUGAAGGCGAGAAGUGUUUUUGAUCAGUCGAAGAUUCUUAUCUGUCAAUUAGAAACGCCGAUAGAAGCAACAAUUGAGGCAAUGAAAUCAUUUCAAGGACUUUCAAUUCUAAAUGCGGCACCAGCUGUAUCAAAUCUACCGGAAAUUGCCUUUAGAUUGCCAAGCAUUUUUUGUGUGAAUGAACUGGAAGCAGAAGAAUUUACAAAUGUUAAAUUCAUCGAGAUUUCAGAUGUCAAGAAAAUCAUUCAAUCAUUAAUUCAUGAGAAAGGUUGUAAAACUGUUAUUGUAACGCUUGGAAAAAAUGGUGCGGCUUUCAAUGACAAUGAUGAAAUUUAUCACGUCCCAAUUCAGAAAGAAGUUCAAGUUGUUGACUCAACAGGAGCCGGAGAUGCAUUUAUCGGUGCACUCGCAUUUUUCUUCUCUAAAUUCCCAGAUGCUUCAUUAGUGCAGAAAGUUGCUGCAUCUAUAGUAAUUGCAACAUCUAGUGUACAGAACAAAGGCACUCAAUCAAGCUAUAUCAAUUUUCCAGCUAUUGAUCCAACCAAAGAACAAUUUAAAUGUAACAUAAACAACCAUUUCAUAGUUGGUAAGAAGCCAAAUUAA